AUGGAGAGGUGUUUGAGAUUGCUGAGGGUGUGGUGGGCAAUGUUGGCCCCACUCACAACUUCCAGCCCCCUCACUACGAUGGCAUUGAGUGCCUGGCCAUCCAAGGAGACAUCCUCUUCAGCGGCUCCAGGGACAACGGCAUUAAAAAGUGGGAUCUGGAAGCAGCAGGAACUUCUCCAGCAAAUCCCAAGAGCACACAAAGAUUGGGUCUGUGCCCUGGCCUUCAUCCCUGGCCGCCCCAUGUUGCUGAGUGCGUACCGAGGAGGCGUGAUCAAAGUCUGGAACGUGGAUAACUUCAGCCCGGUUGGGGAGAUCAAGGGGCAUGACAGCCCCAUCAACGCCAUCUGCACCAACUCCAAGCACAUCUUCACUGCCUCCAGUGACUGCCGGCGACCUGACAGUGAAGCUCUGGAGCGGGAGGAGGUUACCCACCAGCUCCAACUAGGAACUGCAGAACAACUAGAAGAGGUGGCAGGAGGGUGAAGGCUGGGGAACAUCUCCUUUGCUACCAAGACCCCAUCAUCUAUAGGAACUCAGCCCGGGCAUGGGCAUUUUUGUGUCUGACCUGACAGGGUGGGUGAGAUUCAUCUUGUCCCAUCUGUG